AUGGUGAAAGAGCUUUGUCAUCGGUGUUCAAAACCUGUUUAUCCAACUGAUAAAGUUGGUCCAUUAAAGGAUUCAACAUUUUUUCAUCAAGGAUGUUUUAAAUGUUACAUUUGUGGGACACGUUUAGCAUUAAAAACAUAUUGCAAUAAUCGAAAUGAUAUUAAUGAUCAGGAAAUUUAUUGUAACAGUCAUGUACCAAUAGCUGGUCCGCAUGAUUUACCGCCGGUGCGCAAUGGUUACAGCAACGGAACGCAUCGUAGCAACGGCUUCCGUCGUGAUGCUGGCUUAAAUGAUUUAAAAAUUGCUCAUGCAAUUAAAGCUACACAAGUUUCAAAACCAUAUCCAAAAAUUAAACAUGCCGGUGCACGAUAUGUUGUGGAUUACGAUGCACAAACUCGACUGGAAUUAAUUCAUCGUAAAGAUGAGGAUAAAUUGUAUGAAGCAUUUGAUGAAAAUAAGAAACGAGAAUAUGAUCAAUUUGAAAAGGAAACUAAAGAAGAAUGGGAGCAAGCAUUGGCUGAUUUUGCUCGAAAAUAUGAAAAAGGCCAACAACGUAAGGAACGUGAACGCUUACAGACGGCUGAAUUACUUGAUCGACAAGCUAAAGAAAUGUUGGACUUAUUUAAGCAAGCACGUGUGGAAUGUGAUGAUUCCUCAUAUAUAGGUUCACCAUCAUAUCCGACAACACCGCCACCACCACAACCGCCAAUUUGCAGUAAACGUGAAAUUUACACCAAUACAAUGAUAUUUGAAACAAUCGAUGAGAUAGCAAUAACGAUGGCACAAUCUGAAAUUACCACAUUUACAGAAUUAAUUCGAACAUUAACAGCUAAUGCACGAAAUGAUAUUGAAAAAGCAAGUCAUUUGGAUAGUAAUACACCAAUGGGUUUAUUACGUGGAAUUAAAUAUGGCACAGAAAGUUAUCAUGUUUUAUUCAAACGAUUAUGCAGUUAUGCCGGAUUACAUUGUGUUGUUAUCAAAGGUUAUAGUAAAUCAGCCGGUUAUCAACCCGGUUAUCGAUUUGAGGAUAACCGAUUCCGGAAUACUUGGAAUGCUGUUUAUUUAAGUGGUUCAUGGCGUUUUGUACAAUGUAAUUGGGGUGCAAGGCAUUUAGUAAAUGCAAAAGAGGGAAGUACACGAACAAGUAGUAAAGGUGAUAGCUUACGUUAUGAAUACGAUGAUCAUUAUUUCAUGACUGAUCCUCAGGAAUUUAUUUAUGAAUUUUUUCCGCAAGAAUCUGAAUGGCAAUUAUUAAAAAAUCCCAUAACACUACAGCAAUUUGAAGCGUUACCAUUUGUACGCUCACUUUUCUUUCGUUAUGGUUUAAGUUUUACUGAUACUAAAUUACAAGCUAUUGUUAAGGCAGAUCGAAGUGGUGCAGCAACAAUUUCGAUUACUAUGUCAAAUGAAGCUCUAAAUUCAUUGAUAUUCCACUAUAAUCUUAGAUUUUUUGAUGGUGAUGACGUUGAAAUGAAUGGUUAUAAUUUGAAACGUUUCGUUAUGCAAUCCGUUAUCGGUGACUCAGCUAUAUUUCGUGUCCAUUGUCCAUCGACACGGUCAUUACUGCUGGAUAUUUUUGCAAAUGCUGUGUCACCUGGACAUUAUCUGACCGGUCAACCGAUUAAAUUUAAGAGUAUUUGCAAAUUUAAGAUUACUUGUGAGAAAUUAAAUGUAAUUAUGGUACCAUUACCUGAAUGCGCAAGCGGUGAAUGGGGUCCAGCAAAAGCGUAUCGCUUAUUUGGUUUAAUACCAUUAACACAUGAAGAUGCAAUUAUUAAUUGUGGUCGAAUACUUGAAAUUAAUUUUAGAAUGAUGAAACCGCUGGCAGAAUUUGUAGCAUCAUUACACAAGAACAGAGUGGAUGAUCGUAAUCUUCAAGGUCAUUGUCAAACAUUAAUCCGUGGUGACAUUGUCAGGAUUCAAGUUGACUUUUAUGAAGAUGGACAAUACGGUCUUGACAUUUACACAAGGGAAAAUUCAUCGACAAUACCAAAUGGUGGCAAACAAUUAUUAACACAUUGCUGUAAAUAUCUUAUUAAUGUACGAAUGUGA